GACGAGGAGGAGGAGGCAAAAGCCCACAUGACGUGAGUGUAUAAAUGUUUUUCAGCUUAGCAAAGUAAAAGAAAGCAAGAAAGCAAAGAAAGCAGAUCAGCUGGAAAAAUAAGUCGGUGCUGCAAUGCAGAGCCCUCCUAAACCUCAGUUUGCCAGCUGGCUUAUAGAGCAAGUGGAAACGGGCCAAUACACAGGGCUGUGUUAUGUGGAGCAAAACAAGUUCAGAGUUCCCUGGAAGCACAACUCCAGAAAGGACUGCAACGAUGAGGACAAUAAAAUAUUUCGGGCCUGGGCAGUGGCGAGCGGAAAAAUCAAUGAGUUCCCCAACAACAAGGCACGGUGGAAAACCAACUUCCGCUGUGCUCUGAACAACCUUUCCAUGCGCUUCAAGAUGAUAAGAGACAAUUCCAAGAAUCCAGAUGACCCACAUAAAAUCUAUGAGAUUAUCAACACUGAUUACAACUAUGAAGAUCCACCAACUCAGCACUCCCAGGAUGACUCAGACAUGACUCCAGAUAUCUUCAUCUCUCCUGUAGAUGAACUUUUCUCUGGGCAUGAGACCGCUUUGCUUAAUGAUUUUGUGGCCUUGGAUCUUGGCAACCACCCAGCAGGGGACCAACUCUGGACAGAAAACUAUGCCCAGCAUGAUCCGGCUGUCCUUGGAAAUUAUCCCACUGCAGUUGAGAACCUCCCACAGUUCCUACCAGAGAGUCAGCCAGCUUACAUCGAAGCAAAUGCUCCCCACAUACCCGGUUCACCUCAAAUGCCACAUCUCUGUGAAUUGGAGAUCUCGAUCCACUACAGGAAAAGAGAAGUGCUAAGGAGGACGCUGAUUGCCAAUCGUCUACAGCUCCACUACAAUCAAGAGGUCCCUGAAUUCAACACCCAUCACAUCUGCUUUCCUUCUACAGGGGAUCUCUUGGACCACAAACAGAUUGAAUACACCAACCGCAUACUUAACAGCAUCGAGCGCGGUUUGUUCCUGGAGGUGGAUGAAAGUGGCAUCUAUGCUCGGAGGCUGGACAGAUGCCAUGUGUUUGCCAGCACCAGUGACCCAAGUGUGGCUCAUCCAAACCCCCCAAAAUUGCCCCAGAACACCAGGGAAACGCUCCUUGACUUUGACAAAUUUGUGAAGGAGGUUAAACAGUUUAAGGAGAACAGCGGUGGCUCUCCUGAGUACACCAUCAACAUGUGCUUUGGAGAAAAGUUUCCUGAUGGGAAACCUUUGGAAAAGAAGCUAAUCGUAGUGAAGGUGGUGCCUCUAAUCUGUCGAUAUGUUCAUGACAUCGCCCAGAUAGAAGGAGCUUCAUCUCUUCACAGCGGCAACGUCAGCCUGCAGAUUUCACACAACAGCCUCUUUGAUCUCAUCAACUCUGCGUUUGCUCUGCCAACAGCUGAAGACCAGUUGUCUCCUGCAGAAACUUUUUCUUUAAUCUGAAAUCUGAUUUCUCAUCAGCCUCCGACAGAAACUAUUUCAACCCCUAAAGUGAGAAAGAGAGGCAGGAAAUCCUGCUAUUGUCCAAAGCUAACGGAUCCAGUUAACUAAACGUGUCAUAGCAGCUAAAAGCAGGAAUGAACAGACUUAACCUGACUACUGAAGACAGUGGCAUUGUUAAUCACCAUUGCUUUGCAGUAUCUACAUUUUUUACUGACAUUUUUCACUACAAAAAUAGAAAUAGGGCCAACUGGACUGUUACAUGACUAAUGUAUUACGUUUAACAAACUUUUAUAUGAUUACUGUAGAUGUCAAAUUAUGUUAUUACAGUGUAAUAUUAUCCACAGUUAUUAACCAAAUGAUGGCAAACAUAACUAACCAGAUAAAAAAAAAACCUUACAAAAAUUUUUUGGAGAACUUGUAAAAUAUACAAAACAUUUAUACUCUUAAAUGUUUUCUUGUUUGUUUGUUUUGUAUGUGAUUAUUAAUUUUUGCAUCAUGAAACCAGUGGUCAUGUGUAUGAUGAUUCUAUUUUUAUUUUUUCUAAGAAACUCUUUAAUAUUUUGCUGCUCACCUCCCACAUUCUGUAUCAGAUAAACUGGAAAUAUUUGGAUAAGCUUAAAUUACUGAAUCACACUCAUGCUAUACUAAAUUCUAUGACUCCUAAAUGCUGGAAAGUUUGAGUUUCUGUUGUAGAGAAAUUCCACAUAAGCUUGAACUGGUGUUACUCCAUUUACAAAAAGUGUGUAAAAUGUAAAUAAACACAGAAUGCAAACAUUUGCAAAUAAUUU